AUGCCAAAGAGGAAGGCCGGCGAACCAGCAGCUGAACAGUCCAAUGGCUCACAUGCGAGCAAAAAGGGCCGGCCCGACUUGCACCAGCCGCACCCAAAUGCAAAGCAAACCGAGGACUUCGGCAUUGUUCUACGCCAAUUCUAUCCGCCAGAGAUGAACAAUGAACGCUGCCAAGCAUACAUUGAUGGCGACCUGGAACGCCCCAUCGAAACGCUACAGAAAGCUUGCCGGGAAACCGCCGACAAGCGCCAGUCGAUAAACGUGGGUAGUGCCGUGAUACAUUGGUUCAAGAGCGAUCUCCGGCUUCAUGACAGCAGGGCGCUGCACACGGCCUACCAGUAUGCGAAGGAGAAGCAGGUCCCAUUGAUCGGUCUAUAUAUCGUCUCCCCCGAAGAUUGGACUGCCCAUUUGACUAGCCCCGCUCGGGUGGACUUCACGCUGCGGACCCUCAAGCGAUUGCAACAGGACCUGGGGGAGUUGGAUAUCCCUCUGCACAUGGAAACACAGGAGAAAAGGAAGGCGAUCCCGAAACGGAUUGUAGAAUUGUGUCAACAAUGGGGCGCGAAGAACCUAUAUGCGAAUAUCGAGUACGAGGUAGACGAACUACGGCGCGAAGCUAAGCUUGUUAGACUCUGCGCCGAUAACGAUAUCAAUUUCGCUCCCACUCAUGAUGCCUGUGUGGUCACUCCAGGCGCGUUGGCUACCCAGCAAGGGAAACAAUAUGCUGUUUAUACUCCAUGGUACCGCUCUUGGUUGGCCUUUUUGAAAGAGAACCCGGAUUACCUCGAGGUGUCUGAAGAACCUGGGCCAAAUCCAGGGAACGCGCGCCAACAAUUCAAGGAUCUAUUCGAUUGCAAGGUGCCAGCACCUAAAACACACACCUUGUCGGACGAAGAGCAGAAACGUUUCGAGGAGCUUUACCCAGCCGGUGAGCAUGAAGCUCUCGAGCGACUGGACAAAUUCCUCGAGGAGAAGGGUAAGAAGUAUGAGGAGAUGCGGAGCAUGUUACCCGGUGAGCACACUUCGGCGCUGAGUCCUUACAUUGCAUGCGGAGCGCUCAGCGCACGGACUGCCGUUGUAACAGCGAAGAGGACCAACAAAGGCCAUCUCGAUCGAUAUGACCCCGGUUACAUGACCUGGAUCAGCGAGCUGGCCUGGCGUGACUUUUACAAGCAUGUGCUGGUAAACUGGCCGUUCAUCUGUAUGAACAAGUGCUUCAAGCCCGAGCAUACCAACAUUGAAUGGGAGUACGACAAGGACCUAUUCCAAGCGUGGUGCGAUGGCAAGACAGGCUUCCCGAUCGUCGACGCAGCAAUGCGCCAGCUCCGCCACUGCGCGUGGAUGCACAAUCGCAGCCGCAUGGUUGUCUCAUCGUUCCUGACCAAGGACUUGAUGCUCGAUUGGCGCCGUGGGGAGCGCUACUUUAUGGAGAAUCUAAUUGAUGGGGAUUUCGCGUCCAAUCACGGCGGGUGGGGAUUUGGGUCCAGUACUGGUGUAGAUCCACAGCCCUAUUUCCGCAUCUUCAAUCCUCUUCGCCAGAGUGAGCGAUUCGAUCCAGAGGGAGAGUAUAUUCGCCGCUGGGUGCCGGAACUGCGCGACGUGUCUGACAAAGCCAUUCACGACCCUUAUUCCAGGGGAGCGGCGGCCAUUGCGCAGAAGAAUGGCUACCCCAAGCCCAUUGUAGACCACGCAGAGAGUCGAGAUCGAGCAUUAGAGCGGUUCAAGCGUGCGCUUCAGAAAGCGUGA